AGGAGGAGGAGGAGGAAGAGGAACGUAAUCCAAGCGCAAUUUGUUCCCUGUUAACAAUAAAUGUGAUUACAAGUUCAAUGUAUCAAUAUGUAUGCAUGAAAUCGCCAGUUAUAUUGGUGAAAAGUCCAAUAACCACAUGGUCCGUCUCUGGAAAUUUAAAAUACCACCAAGUCGUUAGCUCAAUUGGUAAAGACUCUAUGCGAAGCUUAGAGGUCGCCGGUUCGAGCGAAUUUAAAAUACCAGUAUGAACAAAAGGAGUUAAACUUGGAAUCGGUACUAACCUUUUUAAAUAGAAGAUAUGCACUAAGAUACAAGAGGAGAAGGUCUAUAAUUCAAAUAUGUGACGGCAGAAAAUAAUAAUUGUGUGUGUGUCUGUUAUCUCUAUAGUUUGGCUUCUUGGCAACUCAGUUUUUCUCUCUGCUUGGAUAUAUACAUAAAUGUCUCUACGAACCAAAAGAAAGAGAGAAAAACAACAAGUAAAAGAAAGAUAGAGAAAAAGAUGGGGAAGAAGUGUUCUUCAAAAUUUCGUCAAAUGCUUGUUUUGGUUCUGCUGCUUAUCGUCUUCACUUGCCUUAGCGUAACGGCUCCAUUAUCAGUUACCGCAAAACCUACUAGUUUUAAAGUAAAAGCACGCGGAAUAGAAGACGAGGGACAAGAACGAACACACUCCCUAAAUAGCAAAAAAUCUUCAAGAAGCGUGGAGAAAACUCACCAUUCAGAAGGGAGGAGAUUGAGCAAUGUUUUUCCAAAUGCGGGCAUAAGAGCAGGACCUUCAAAAAGUGGACAGGGUGGUGGUCGCAUUCCCGUAGCCGCCUCCUAGUACUUCAAUUCUAAUACUAUCGCCGCUUUUAGUUAUGCUUAGACCGCGUAAAAUACAAUGUAACUUUUAUUUUCUGCAGUCAUACGUAUGGCUUUUUAAGAAGUUUCAGUUAUGCAUAAUUUUAUGUUAAUGUAAUGUUUUGGUGUUUUUAAUAGAAUGGUUCAAAAAAAUAAUAUAUAAUUGAUCAUCUGUUUGAGAUUUU